AUGAAGCAAACUUUAGGUUCAAACAAACAACUAAUUAAUUCUACCAAUAUUGGGAAAACCAGGGGAACCUUUAUUGGAAAAAAUAAAAAUGCAACACCAAAUGCACCUAAAAGGACAAGUGCUUUGACAAAUACAGUAGGUAAAAACAAUAAUAUUUUGGCGACUUCAAUAAAUACUAGCGACAUCAUCAUUCAAGAUGUUUCAGAUGUCAAUAAAUUCACUGUAUACGAAAAAGCUAAUUUUCUAGUUCCCAGCAGAUAUGAAAUCAAAUUUAUUUUGGGCAAGGGAUCUUAUGGCACAGUUUGUUCUGCUAUAGAUAACAAAGACCAUGCCCAACCAGUUCCAUUGGCCAUCAAGAAAGUCACUAAUAUUUUCACUAGAGAAAUAUUACUAAAAAGGGCUAUCAGAGAACUAAAAUUUAUGAGAUAUUUUAAAGGCCAUAAGAAUAUUAUUAAUUUAAUUGAUUUAGAAAUUGUUACAGUUAUGCCAUAUGACGGAUUAUACUGUUUUCAAGAAUUGGUUGAUUAUGAUUUAGCGAGGGUAAUACACUCUAGCGUUCAAUUUUCUGAAUUUCACAUUAAAAAAUUUUUUUAUCAAAUUCUAUGUGGUUUAAAAUACAUUCAUAGCGCUGAUGUAAUUCAUCGAGAUUUAAAACCUGGUAACAUAUUGUGCACAAUCCAAGGGACUUUGAAAAUUUGUGAUUUUGGACUAGCCAGGGGUGUAGCUCCUAAAUAUUUUCCAGACAAUUCCAGCGAGCAAAAUGGUAAUGGAACUAGUUACGCUUUGAAAACAAGACACAUCACCAAUUACGUGGCCACCAGAUGGUACAGGGCUCCUGAACUUAUGUUAUCCAAUAAGAAAUAUACAAAAGCUAUUGAUUUAUGGGCUUGUGGGUGUAUUCUAGCUGAAUUUUAUGGCAGAAAACCAAUUUUUAUAGGAAAUGAUCAAAUGCACCAAAUAUCAGAAAUUGUUAAAGUUUUAGGCACGCCAAACAAAGAUAUUAUUAUCAAAUAUGGUUCUCAUGUAGCUUGGGAAAUUUUCUGUCCUCCCAAACCACAAUAUAGGAAAGUCCCUUGGAGCAAUAUAUAUUCUUAUGCACAACCAGAUGGUUUAGACUUAAUAGAUAAAUUACUAAAAUGGGAUCCCAAUGCAAGAUUGACUGUAGAAGAAGCUAUUGAGCACGAGUUUUUACAGGAUUUUAGGGAUAAAAGUGAAGAGCCUGUCUGUUCUAAAGGUGCAUUUAACUUUGCUUAUGAAUAUGAACAUAUGUCUUUAACUGCUUUAAAACAAUACUUGUUCGAAGAAGUCUGUAACUUUAAAAAAGAAAUGAAAGGAAUCGGAAAAAAUGCCAUUUAUAAAUAA